AUGAGCGACUUCAAAGACAACGAGAGUCAUGCCAUUCGAGCCACCAGCAUUGACUAUGGUCGAGAUCAUGAUUCGUACGGCCCCUCGACCGGAUCAAGCGGGCAAGCACCCUUGCACCACGGAAGCGCCGAGGUCGUCGAUACCAGCCCUGAUCGAGUGGAAGAAGAAAAGAGGCAGAAUUCAUGGAGGACGAAAUUGGCGUACUUCAAGACACGGGACUUUUGGUUUAUCUUGAUUCUGGGGCAGAUACUGGCUAUCUGCAUCACGGGGACAAACACAUUGACGACUCUGCUGGCCAACGAAGGGACCAACAUUCCUGCGUUCCAGACGCUGUUCAAUUACGUAUUGCUUAAUUUGAUCUAUACGAGCUACACGAUCUACAAGUACGGGUUCCGGAAAUGGACCCAACUGAUCUUACGAGAUGGUUGGAAAUAUAUCAUUCUCGCCUUUUUCGAUGUCGAAGGAAACUACUUCACCGUCCUGGCAUACCGAUACACGACGAUUCUGUCCGCUCAGCUGAUCAACUUCUGGGCCAUUGUGGUCGUGGUGGUGAUUUCGUUCCUCUUCCUCAAGGUCCGCUACCACUGGGCUCAAGUGUUGGGAAUCCUGGUGUGUAUUGGUGGUAUGGGUCUGUUACUUGCUUCGGAUCACAUCACAGGUGCCAGCGGUGGCGAUGUGUCGUCGGGCAACCAGUUGAAAGGCGACCUUUUUGCUCUUGUCGGGGCCACUUGCUACGGCCUUUCCAACGUGUACGAGGAAUGGUUUGUCUCUGGUCGGCCGCUGUAUGAAGUCAUUGGUCAGUUGGCGUUCUGGGCGAUGAUCAUCAACGGCGCGCAGGCCGGAAUCUUCGACCGCCACCAGUUCCGCACCGCCACGUGGAACUCCAAGGUCGGCGGCUACCUGACAGGAUAUACGCUGAUCUUGACGUUGUUUUACACCAUGGUCCCAGUCCUGUACCGCUUUGCCAGUGCCGCGUUCCAGAACAUUUCGCUCUUGACGGGCAACUUCUGGGGCGUCAUUAUUGGCAUCCGGGUCUUCCACUACCACGUCCACUGGAUGUAUCCGAUUGCGUUCACGCUCAUCAUGAUUGGCCACUUUGUCUAUUACUUUGGGAAAGGUGUCAUGGGCGAAGCCGCCAAGGCCUGGCUGGGAGAGCAUCAGGAGAAGGGCAUCGAUGGGUUUGGGUCCGCCAAAAGGAGGAUCCGGAAGAUGCAAGAAAGUGCCGCUGGGCCCGGUGGCAGAGGUAUGGAAGGUUCCGAGAGUGCUGGUGUGGUGUGA